AUGUCAGACGGCGGAUACGACUGGGAGGGCAUCACGCUCUGGGAAGAAAGCAGAUCUCCCGGAGCGGGUCCCCGGCCCACGGCAGAGAUCUUGGCGGCGGUGGAGAAAGGCAGAGCGAUGACGGCGAAGGAGGCGGGCGAGUUGGAGGCUGCGCUGCUGGUGGAGGAUAUGGAGAUUAUGAGGGCGGAAAAAAAUGCGGCGAUGAGGGCGGAGAUUAGGCACACUCGACUCCGGAUAAUCAUCUACCGAAUCGGCUGCCGGGGUUGUGCGGUGGUGAUUCGUGUGCUUCUGUGGAUCAUGCCUUUUGCCGUGGUGAUUCGGGAUGGGAUGCAGGCUACGCGUCGGUUCUUCGGACGGUUUUUCUGA